AAAACCCUAUUGGUUAUGACUGCCUUUAAAUACUAGCGUCACAGCAAACGCCAUACCCACUUGUCUAAAACUCCUAUAGCUUUUUUCUAUUAUUAUUAUUCCCCAGAAACAAGUCUUUUAGAUCUCGAUGGAGACACCAUCAUCAACGAGGAGAGUGACGAGGUCUCAGACCCUCUCUGCCAUGAAAACCUCUGCCACCAAUCAUCUCUUAUCAUCAUCAAAGAAACCAGAGGAGUCGAAAUCAAGGCAAAGAAACGGCGCAACGCCGAAGCAGGACAGGUCAGCGUUGUUCGACAUAACCAACGACUCGCCGAUCGUGGGGCUUGCGAUGCAGACUCCAUCCUCAGGAGUGGCUGUUGUAGGGAAGAGCAGAAUCAAGAGCACUCCUGGAUCUGGCGAGGCGCUCUUGAGAGGCCAAGUCAAGAAUCUGUUGCAGAAGGUUGAAGAAGAAGAAGCGCAUCUUAUCACGAAGAUUUCAGUUGAAUCUCGUCCUUUCAUCCAUCUCGUUACUUCUCCGAUGGGACUUCUCGCUCCGACUCCGGCAAACACCCCGCAAGUUCUCGAUGGAGCGCCGCCGCAGGUUGUGAUCGCAUCUCCGGUUGUUUCGGAACAGCUGAGAGCAGCAGCAGCAGCUUCUCAGGUGGAGAAAGAAGAGAGCUUGGAGAAGAGUCCGAGCAUAACGAGGUCGUUGCUGCUGGAUUUUAGUGAUAAGUCAGAGCUAUGGGAGAGCUCGGACUGUUCGUCUGUGGUGACUCAGAACGUAGAGGAUGAUAACUCCUCGGUGUGGUCGAUGCAAGUCAACGCAAGUACCAAAGACGAAGAGGAUGAUGAUGAAGACCAAGAAGUGGUGUAUUCUUACAGGGAGGAAGAUGAUGAAGAGGAAUACUACAUGGAGGAGGAGGAAGAAGUGGAAGGGUUAUGCGAGGGAAUGAGGAAGAUGAGGUUUGCGGGGAAGCACACUCGGUUUGUGUACGACAGUGAUCUUGAAGAGAUGGUUGAGGCUGAAGAGCAAACUCCUGGGGUGUCGCGUUUGAAAGUUUUUCCUACACCAACGGGGAAACAUGUCAGGUUUGCGGACGAAGACGACGAGGAAUGAUAAUAAUAACUCCAGUUUCGAGUUGUGGACAAAGCCUCUCUCGCAUGUCCCAACUUUUUCUUAUAAUUGUUUUGUUUUUGGGGCUGUUACAUGGUUCCCAGUUCUCUGAUUCUUGUGCCCAUUUUUACAUUGGUGUUAUUUUUCAAUAACUAAAGUGUAAUCGGAAUAUGACCUUUUCUUUUUAAUCUUCUCUUUUGUUGUUA